UGGUAGUUUGUUAACAUCAGCGGGGGAUUUUUAACAUGCGUCUGGCAACCCAAUGUGACGUAAGCUUGCGCUGUGCUCUCCAGGCAGCUAACCGGAGAUAAAUCUGUUUUGUGGAUACUGUGAAUAUGGACGACACUGAGCCACAGCCGGUCUCCGAUCAGGAUCAGACUCCGGAUCCUCUCCUCAGCUCUCUGGACAUCUUUCUCUUCUCCCUAAUUGCAGGAUUGCUUAUCUACUGGUUCUUCUUCCGAAAAAAAGCAGAGCCUCUUCCGGAGAUAAAGCCUUUCACUUCAGUAACAGCACCAAUACGUGAGACCAGCUUUAUUGAGAAAAUGAAGAAAACGAAUCGAAGCAUUGUGGUGUUUUACGGCUCCCAAACAGGGACUGGUGAAGAGUUUGCCAACAGACUGUCAAAAGAUGCUCAUCGCUAUGGCAUGAAAGGGAUGGCAGCUGAUCCAGAGGAGUAUGACAUGUCCGAGUUGUCCCGACUGAAAGAGAUUCCUAAAUCGAUGGCUGUGUUCUGCAUGGCAACCUAUGGAGAGGGAGACCCUACAGACAACGCUCAGGAGUUCUAUGAUUGGUUACAAGGGGCUGAUGACGAUCUGGAGGGGGUUAAUUUUGCUGUGUUUGGUUUAGGAAAUAAAACAUAUGAGCACUACAAUGCCAUGGGCAAGUACACAGACAAGAGACUUGCUGAACUUGGUGGAAAAAGGGUCUUUGACUUGGGCCUCGGGGAUGACGACAGCAACUUGGAGGAGGACUUUAUAUCUUGGAAGGAGCAGUUUUGGCCUGCGGUGUGUGAGUAUUUUGGCGUGGAGGCCACAGGAGAAGACAGCAGCAUUCGGCAGUUUGAACUGGUGGUUCAUAAUGACAUCAAUAUGAAUCAAGUGUACACCGGAGAGAUGGGCCGCCUCAAAAGCUUUCAGACGCAGAAACCACCAUUUGAUGCGAAGAACCCUUUCCUUGCAUCUGUGGCUGUUAAUCGUAAACUGAACAAAGGAGGUAACCGACAUUUGAUGCACAUCGAGUUGGACAUCACUGAGUCUAAGAUCAGAUAUGAUUCUGGAGACCAUGUUGCUGUUUACCCCACCAAUGAUUCUGCGAUGGUCAACAGAAUAGGAGAGAGACUUGGAGUAGAUCUCGAUACUGUAAUCUCUCUCAAAAAUCUGGAUGAGGAGUCCAAUAAAAAGCACCCGUUCCCCUGUCCCACCACAUAUCGCACUGCACUGACCCACUACCUUGACAUCAACAACAUGCCCCGUACGAAUGUGCUGUAUGAGCUGGCGCAAUACGCCUCAGACCCGCAAGAACAGGAGAAUAUGCGCAAGAUGGCAUCUGCCUCGCCUGAAGGAAAGGCUCUGUACCAAAGCUGGGUUCUGGAUUCAGAGAGGAACAUAUUGGCUAUUCUAGAGGAUCUGCCUUCGCUGAAUCCUCCUGUAGAUCACCUGUGUGAGCUGCUGCCUCGGCUUCAGGCUCGAUACUACUCCAUCGCCUCCUCCAGCAAGGUUCAUCCACACUGCAUCCACAUCUGUGCAGUGGUGAUCGAGUACAACACCAAAACUGGACGAGUCUUCAGGGGCGUCGCCACCAACUGGCUGAAGGACAAACAUGUGACUGAUAACGGUCAUAAGCCCACUGUUCCCAUGUACGUCAGGAGAUCCCAGUUCCGGCUGCCAUUCAAACCCAGUAACCCCGUGAUCAUGAUCGGUCCCGGGACCGGCAUUGCCCCCUUCAUGGGUUUCAUCCAGGAGAGAGCCUGGCAGAAAGAACAAGGAAAGGAUGUUGGUGAGACCAUACUGUACUUUGGCUGUCGCCAUUGCAACGAGGACUUCCUGUACCAGCAGGAACUGGAGGAAUUUGAGAGGGCAGGUGUGCUGACGCAGCUUAAUGUGGCCUUUUCCAGAGACCAGGAGCAAAAGGUGUAUGUGCAGCAUCUUCUGAAGAAAAACAAGCAGCAGUUGUGGAAGCUCAUUCAUACAGAUAAUGCUCAUAUCUACGUUUGUGGAGAUGCUCGUAACAUGGCCAGAGAUGUUCACGCUGCCUUCUCAGAGAUUGCAGAGCAGGAAGGAGGCCUGACACACACUCAAGCUCUGGACUAUUUCAAGAAGCUCAUGACCAAGGGCCGCUACUCGCAGGAUGUCUGGAGCUAAGCUAACACACACACACCUCAAUGUUUGCCACUUUACCUCACACCAUCAUUACUCCAACGCUACAGUUUGAAGUGUUGAAUUUGCCCGGACUGAUUUAUUGCCGUCUUGUGAUGGUUCUUAGUGAUUAAAACACUCCACAUCACACAAA